AUGGAGAAGGCCGACUUGUCGCGCGCCGCGUCGACCGACCACCCGGAAACCGGCCUUUUGGAUUUCGACAACCAUGCCGAGAAGAAGCUUGUGCGGAAGCUCGACUUUUGCAUCAUCCCGGUGGUCAUGCUCAUCUAUAUGCUGAGCUUCCUGGAUCGAGUCAACAUCGGAAACGCUCGCUUGUAUGGAUUAGAGGAAGAUCUUGGUAUGAACAGCGAUCAGUUCCAGAUCGCCGUUUGCAUUCUCUUCGUCCCGUACAUCCUCUCGGAGCUGCCGUCCAAUUUGCUGCUCAAAAAAUGCCGCCCUUCAAGAUGGAUCGCAUUUAUUACGACAGCUUGGGGCCUUGUCGCCACCCUUACCGGAAUAGCGCAAAGUUAUGGUGGUUUGAUUGUCUGCCGCCUAUUUCUCGGCGCGGUCGAGGGCGGUCUUUUUCCCGGAAUGGCCAUCUACUUGACAUUUUUCUACACCAAGCGGGAGCUCGCUUUACGGAUCGGAUACCUUUUCGUCAGCUCUGCUCUGGCCGGCGCGUUCGGAGGGCUCCUCGCCUAUGGCAUUGGGCAUAUUGACGGUGCAGCCGGGCUCCGAGGCUGGCGCUGGAUCAUGAUCAUUGAAGGAAUUCCAACCUGCUUUCUGGGAGUUGCGUGCUGGUGGAUCCUGGCUGACGGUCCGGAGACGGCCUUCUUCCUGACACCCGCGGAACGAGAACUCAUGGUCAAGCGCCGCAAUCGGCAGACGGGCCACACGCUAUCGGCGCAGGAGUUCCACAAGAAAGACUUCAUCGACGGGCUGACAGACUGGAAAAUCUGGGUGUUCUCCAUGGCUCUAUUCGGGAGCGACACGAUGCUUUACGGCUUCAGCACGUUCUUGCCGACCAUCAUUCGGGGCAUCGACCCGACGUAUUCGAACUCGAUUGUGCAGGUCUUGACGAUACCCUGCUACGCGCUCGGCGCCAUCACGUACCUGAUUGUGGCGCACUUUUCGGACAGCCAGCAGCGUCGCGGGCUGUACGCGGUGCUGUUUGGAGUGGUGGCGAUUGUGGGGUAUGCGAUGUUGCUGAGUGACAUCAGCAGCGGCGCUCAUUACGCGGGCUGCUUCCUGGUGGCCAUGGGGCUGUACGUGCACGUGGGGCUGCCGCUGGCGUGGCUGCCGGCGAACAACCCGCGGUAUGCCAAGCGCACGACGGGCACGGCGCUGCAGCUCUCGCUGGGGAAUUGCGCGGGGUUGAUGUCGAGUUUUCUCUACCCCAAGGCCGAAGGACCUCGCUACACGCGCGGGCUCGCCGUGACGCUGGCCAUGGUGGGAAUGGCGUGCGUCUGUUACGCGUUCAUGUGGUGGUGGUACGCCAAGGCCAACGAGCGGCGGGCGGCGGGCAAAGAGGACUACAAGGUCGAGGGGAUGGCGCAGGAAGACAUUGACGAGCUGGGGGAUCGCAACCCGCGGUUCGUGUACACGAUAUGA